GCGCUGCGCUUUAGCUGGGCCGCGGCUCCUCCAGUGCGGGCCGCUCGGCGACGGUUGCUGGGGCGCGCGCCGCCCGUUCCUCUUUCCCGUUGCGAGCGGCUGGCGCGCAGGGAGGCGGCCCCCAGUCCAGCCGGGCGCCUCCCACUCUCCGAGCCGCCGGGGAGCCGGAGGAUGGCGGCGGUGGCGGCGGCCGCCCGGGAGGAGGCGGUGCGGAGGCCGCGGAGCGCGGCAGCGAGCGGUAGCGGCCCGUCGCGGCGGCCCGGCAGCGACCGCGUCCGCACGGCCACCUGAGCACCCGCCGCGAGCUGCGUCCCGCCGGCCUCGCUAGCUCGCUCGCUCGCGGCCCGGGGCGGCGCGGACAUGGGCGCCAAGCAGAGCGGCCCCGCCGCCAACGGCCGCACCCGCGCCUACUCGGGCUCGGACCUGCCCUCCGGCAGCGGCGGCGGCGGGGCGGACGGCGCUCGGGCGGCCCGGUUCGUGGCCCCGGUGCCCGGCGCGCAGCAGCCCAGCGCCUCGGCCGGCGCGGCGGCGGCGACAGCGGCAGCCGCCUCGGCCCCGACAGCGCCCCGCAGCCGCUCGCUCGGAGGGGCGGUGGGCAGCGCUGCGGGCGGACGCGCGGCGCAGUCGGCCUUCAGCAUCCCUGGCGGCGGCGGCGGCAGUGGCAGUGGCCCGUACGGCUCGCAGGACUCGGUGCACAGCAGCCCGGAGGACGGCGGCGGCGCUAGGGAACGGGACCGGCCAGCGGGCGGGGGCCCUGGUGGGCCGCGCCUGGUGAUCGGCUCGCUCCCGGCCCACCUUUCUCCGCACUUGUUUGGAGGGUUUAAGUGCCCGGUAUGCUCAAAAUUUGUACCCUCAGAUGAAAUGGAUUUGCAUCUUGUGAUGUGUUUAACAAAGCCAAGAAUAACCUAUAAUGAGGAUGUGCUGAGUAAAGAUGCUGGGGAAUGUGCAAUAUGCCUUGAAGAAUUGCAGCAGGGAGAUACCAUAGCACGACUGCCUUGCCUGUGUAUAUAUCAUAAAGGCUGCAUAGAUGAAUGGUUUGAAGUAAAUAGAUCUUGUCCAGAGCACCCUUCAGAUUAAGCAUCUGAUUCCUGUGUCAUGGGUUUUCUUGUCUUUUCAAGAUGCUUGAGAAAUCUGGAAGAUUUGAAGAUCUGUCUCUGGAAAAAAAAAAGAAAUGAAAACUGCAGGCUUACUCAGCCCAGGAUCUGAGUUCUGUGACACUCAGUGGUCCAGAGAUGGAUGGGAACCACAGAACUUGAGUGCACCAAACUUGCAUAUAAGGGACACACAGGGACUUUGAAAAUGCUGCACAUCCUGUACUAGUCACUGCGUAGAUGAUACUGAUAAACAUUUUGUAUUUGGACGCCAAAGUUAACUAAUUUGAAAGUUGAUUUACUUUUUAUUAAGUUCUGUAGAGCUGCUGUUUUAUUGUAUUUGUUUUGUUUGUUUGUCUGUUUGUUUUUAGUUUGGGGACUUCUUAUUUUCCCCAGCAUAAUGUUUUUGCAUUCACCUAUUCUUAACUUGAAAACUGUCCAAUUUAGUUUUUACAAACUCUUCAAUGUGAAACCAAGAAAUGUAAUCAAAACAGUAUAAUAUUCUGUGAAUGGAGAGGAUAAUCUUAAGUUCUUCCUCCUCCCCCCCCCCCAUGUGUGAAACAUAGACUUCUGGAUAGGAAAGCUAAAUAUGCUAGUAGUUUGAAUUAAAGGUUUAAUAUUAUAAAAAUGCCAUCCAAAGAGUAAAUCAAGUUACAUAAUUACAUUUUAGUUAAUUAAAUGUAGAACUGUCUGCUGAAUUGCAGUUUCUGAAAUACAUUGUUUCUUUUAGCAGUGACCAUCUUGCAGCUAUGCAACUUUGAAAAGUCUAGAUUUGCAGGUCUUCAUGCUGGGGCCGCAGUGACUGUCCUAACAGGGGUCUUUGCUUCCUUUCGUGUAACUACUUCAUUGUGCUUUGCAUUGCCAGGCAGUUUUCCCAUGUUUGGUAAAAUGUUUAGCAAGUUGUAAAUUUAAUACCUUAUGAAAAGGGUGAAAUAAACACAUCUGCAGUGGGACUUGUAGUAAUUUGAGGGACAUUUUAUAUACUUUUAAAAAUCAGAAUAUAAUUGGGAUGCCAGAUUUCUAGCAACUUGCAAUUUUAGUUUUCCAGAUAAUCUGGAAGUUAGCAUUUGAUAAAUGAUUUUUAAGCAAAUAUAAAGAUUUUGUUAAUUUAUAAUUUAUUAAUGUGUUGUUACUGUAAUUGAAAAUGUUGUGGAUACUUUUAAAUUGAGUCUUUGUAGAAAGAACUGUAUUAAGCAAAAUUAUGUGAAUAAAUAUUCCCCCCAAAUACAUCUGAUGGUUAAGAAUACUGGAAGAGUGCUGUCAGGCUGCAACAGUGGAUGUCUUUUUAAAAAACAUAUCAGAAUACUACUAGUAGGUUUCCUCAGGAGAAUGUUGCUCCCGAUCUAGUCCGUGCCGCACAGUCCUGCUGCCCUGCUGAGCUGCCCUGGGGGUUGAAGUGGGUGCUUCUCAGAUGCUGCUACUCGUACCUCUCAUUUGUCCCCAGCCCUGUGGCUUCUGCUGCCUCUUUUUCAGAAGGGCAAGGGCAGAAGGGCAGGGGUCUUCCCAGAUAUUGGGAAGAGCUGCACUGCUUUCGUAUUGUAACUAGAGCUUUCCUACGGUUAAGCCAUGGGCUGUUAUGGUCAGUGGUCAGACACCCAGAACCUCAGUGUGGCAGCUGCCAGCACAGCUCUGUAGCUGCCUUUUUUCAGCCAGUUGUAGGAAGUUACUCUUCCCUCGGGGGAAAUUUUCUUAAGUUUUUUUUUUUUCUGUUAAUAUGAAAUCUGAAUCCAUGUCACUUCAUCUUUCAGUCUGUAAGCUUUCUUCUUCUCUCUGAUUUUCCCCAAGCUCUUAGAAUGUGAAUAAUUGCUUUGCUUUCUACUACUGGUGUAUUGUUGUGGUAAGAAUUAUGUCCGCUGUCUUCUCUUCUUGGAGAGCAGCUGUGGUAAUUAAUAUUUAGAAUCCCCUGGAAGGUGACCUGCUUUGUGUCAAGCUCAGCUUCCUGGACGUCUUGCCUCAGUUCACCCUUCCUUCACACUGUCCUCCUGCGGUCCUGAUGGCUCAUGUGCCUUGGCUGCUGCCUCUAAGUACCGUGAGGUCAGAGCGCAGUGCUGCCCUGUCGAGGACACGGACGGACUAUGUUUGUCUGGGUAGUGUUUACUGAAAUGCAUUAUAACAGCCUUUUUAUUUCUCAUAUUUUAUAAAAUUAGCAUUUUUACUUUAAAUUUUGUUUGCAAUGAUUUCCUAUAAAGAACAAUUUAGAAAUAGAAGAAAAGAGAGGAGCUCAGAUAUUCCAGUUUCUGUUCAAAGUUCCUGUUCUAGGAAUGUUCUGUACGUGAGACUUUAUAUAGCAUUGCUUAUAAUAUUUAUCAGUCUGUGUGCGGACACUGAGUAGUAUCAGUCAUAAAAUUAUGUUAGCUAUCCGACCAGAAACUACUGAUAGCAAAUACUAUGGAGAUGGAAUCAAAACUGGGGCCUCACUUACCCAGCCAAUCAUCCCCUUCUAGAGUCUUUGUAAAUGCUCCUCGGAUAAGGUCACACGUGUAUGGAGAAGGAGGCACAUGUUUGGGUUUCUCUAGUGCCACUCUGUCCAUAGUGAAUCUAUUGCCAUUUUUUUUUUCUCCUUUAACCUGGCUUUUCAUUUCCUCUUCACCAAGAUAUUUAAGAGAAGCACUGUUCUCUUUAGAAAUCCAUUCACUUUAGUUGGCCCUGUCUAGAGCAAUAGACAUAAUGAUUUUCAAACCAAGCUACUAAUCAGACUGCAUGAUUGUUUUAAGAAGAGUGUUUCUGACUGUUAGUAAGCAGUGGUCUCUGCCUGACUUGUGUUAGGUGACAACAGAAGCCACAGUGUAAAGUCAUGUUGACAGGAGUGUAUAGAGUUGGGCUCUCCAGUGCAAGUCUUCUGCAUUCUUUGUUACAUAAUAACUCGGUUUCCACCCCUUUAGACACUAGAAUGCAGCCCAGAAUAACAAGGACAAUCCUGAGCAGAGCUGCAGCGCACACAACAAAGCUGUUUCCACCUGCGUGAGCACUCGGGAACGGCAGUGCCUGUUCAGACCUUAUUUCACACUGUGGUUCUAAGUCUGGGUGUGGUGAGGUUUCAGAGACCCUCCGCGCUCAGGAAACAGGAUUACCAGGAGGUCCAGGCUGGCCUGGGCUGCAUAGUGAGUUCUAGACUAGCCUGUCUCAAAAACAAACAAACAAACAAAAGCAAUCAUUUUAAUAUGUUACAGCAAGACAUAGGCAUGUUCCUUUCAGUGAAAGGGAUGGUGGAGUCGAUGUAAAUAGUACCUGCUUUCCUGUACUGACCUGAGUGAAUAAGAGGAUGGCCCCAGCAGGGAGCCAAUGGUGAGCAGAGCUGAACUCUCACAGUUGGGGAAGAGUUGUGUCUGUAACCUGACUGAUAGCCACACUGUGCAUUGGCCUUAUGACCAGAUAGCCUUAUGCUUCACAGAGGAGGUUUCCAUCUAAACCAGAGCCAAUUGUGGGCGCACAAAGUUAGCUAAAGGCAAAUGGUGUUCUUAUCAGCAGUGCCAUUUGCUGGUUGUAGGCGCUCUGGCGCCUUCAGCCAUUUUCCUGUGGGUUUGGUUUACCCUGGUAUAAACUCGGCAUUCACUGGCAGCAAGAGAUGAAGUGUGAAAUGCCCCUUGUCAAUCACUGUACAGAUAUUUUAACUUUAAAACUCUUAGCAUGUCAGUACUGUGGAGCCCAUUCUCUUCCUUUUCCUAAAAUAUGUCACUUGUAAUAUUUUCUUAGCUGUAUGAUAUGACUGCAGUGACCUUACCUGUUUCACUGCCCCCUCUUUCUCCUCACAUCUGCUGAAUCUGAAUGGUUGCUGCUCCGCACACUCCUGGGAGUGAUCCACUACUGAAACCGUUGAUAAGGCAUUCUUGGUGAUAAUGUACCCAACUAAUACUCUUUACCAUAUUCUGUAAAUGUGCUUAAACUAGGAAAUAGAAAAAUAAAUAAAUAAAUCAAAGAGUUCUCUGUCUUAAGUGGGAAAUUCCUCAUCUCCUAAGUCUGUGGACUUUCUUUUAGAACUUAAAAGGCCUUGAACACCAGAAAUGUUAAUAUUUAGUCAGUUGAAUAUGCACUGUCAGUGACCUCACAGGUUUGUUAAAAGAUGUCCAAACUCUAAUUUCUUAACCAGUGGCUGAAAAUAAGAUUGUUUUAUUUUGGUUUGGUCUCUUUGUUUAUGGAGAAGCAAAGAGCAGCUGGCAUGAACUAGCAUCCCCACAAAUGAAGAAUGUGAUACUGUACCAUUUAUUGGCAUUAUAUGUUUCUUAGCUCUGUCUCUGGCCCAUGAGGAUCUCAAGAUUGGACAGACAUAAGUGACAUUCUCCUGUCACUGAAGAGACAUUUCUGAUUUAGUAUGUUGGAGUUGACAUGUACCGAUCAUUUAUUUGGAAAACUUCACAACUGCUUGCCUAUUGUCAGCUGUAACUGGCGCCAGAAAUGUUUCCUUCAUUAGUCAACCACGUUUGUAUCUGGUAUGCAUGAGAGGUUGAGGCAGAGGCGAGGAUCACAGGUUUGAAGCCAGCUUGGGCUACAUGGUGUUUGAGAUCAGCCUGAACUAAAAAAUGAGAGCUUGUCUCAAAGUUUGAUUGUAGUCUUGUUAGAGUGUUUGCUUGUACAUAGUACACUCAGGAGACGUUGGUCUGGGAAGAUGUGAUAGAGCAUCGGACUUGGUGGCACUGAUUAGCGGUUGCUGUAUGUCUCUGCAGGUGACUUGUCAUGCGGGUUUCUUUGGUUGAAAAUCACAAUAUUUGUCUCCAUUGAUUUGCUCCAGGUUCCCCAACUUUUCUAUAAUACCUCUUGAUUUCCUCUAUCAGAAAGUAUUUUAUUCUUCUUGUUAAAUAAGGCCCUGGAACUAGAGAAAAUGUAUUAGGAACAGCCUGUGUUAGUGUGAUCUCAACAGAAACGGAACAGCUCAUCAUUGAUAUUUUAAUAAAUAAAAUUUCCAAAUGAUCUUGUUAAACUCUCCUGCUCUUUGGAAGUAGAAAAUCAAGAAUGCUCUGAAGGGAAGUUGCCGUGCCCUACCUAUUGUCUUUAAGUUGACAGUGCAUUGCAAUAGAACAUCUGAAUGCUGAAAAGUUGCCAUGCUGUAAUUGAUGUUAGGCCUCUUUAUUUUAUUACCCAUAAUAGCAAAGCUAGAUCUAAAAGUAUCAAAAUUUCUCAUAAGCUUAUGGUAGUGGACAAAGGCAUGUGUUUUCCCAUGACUGUAGGUAAAGGUGUCCUCUGGAAUACCUGAUCUAAACCUUUACCAUUACCAUGGAAAUGCAGCGGGAGCCCUGUUGGGAAGGGUGCACUGUGGGUGAGGAGUCACACUUUGUAGACUUCGUUUGUUUCAUAAUUUGCCUUUAUUUUUGGAAGCAAUUUUUAAGAUAUAAACAACAUUGGGUUCUGUAGUGAACCAAUUAAGAAACUAGACUUUGGGGCUGGACCUCCUAGUCUUAGGCAUCUCUGGCCAUGGGUUUUAUUCUCUGUGCCUUGCCUUGGUCUUCUGAUAUCAGGACUCUUGUAUUAAUAAGAAGGUGUAUGUAUUCCAAGUCAGAUACGUAAUAUACAUAAAUGUUGAUUACUAAACAAAAACAUUUGUACCCAUUUAUGAUUUUUAUAAUACAUUUAUCAUGAAGUAUCAUGGUAACAUCUGAGAUCUUGUGUUUUGGAAGAAGCCAUGGAUUAACAGAGCAUCGUGGGUUCUGAUUUCCAUUCUCAUCAUUUGGUGAAAGUGCUGUUUGAACAACUUUACAUUAAGGAUUUUGAUUCCAUGCUUCUUGGAACUAGGAACAUAGUAAUGAAAGUCAGCUGGCCCCUGGGAGCUUAAUUUAAGUUACUGUUGCACACUGGAGAGUAAGUAAUGAGCUGUAGCAGACAUAUUACAAUGUAAUACGACUCAGAAGAGAUGAGCGCAUGAUUAGGUCUUUAAGAAUAGAUAGAUGGCCGGGCUCUGGAGAGAGUGGGUAAAGAGAAGUAAGUGUACAGUAGACAGAAAAUGAGAAAAUCAGCCUUCACUCUAUCUAGGGAGGCAAGCAAACAGCAGCUCAUGCAGGGUGUGUGUGUGUGUGUGUGUGUGUGUGUGUGUGUGUGUGUGUGUGUCUAGCUGUGGUAGAGGACUUUCAGCAGGAAAAAGACAGCCUUGCUUACAUUCCGGAUUGGAGAAGGGAGACUGGAGGCAGAAAGGCCUGUUAGGAAAUCUAAAGUAACUCGAGAGAUGAGCGGGAAGUAAAGAGGAGGGAGGGCAAGAGGACUGGAAACUUAAGAAGGAAAGUUGACUCACCUCAGCAGUCAUCUUUGCCAAGAGGCAGAGAGCUGGUGGGACAACUCCUUGUUUUUGUGUAUCGCGAAAGGUUGGCAGUACCUAGGAAAAUCCGAUUCUGCCAGGAAUAUCCUAAAGAGCCAUAAAUAAGGAACAUACAUAUGAAAAUGAAUUGAGGUGGAGGACUGGAUAGAGGUUUGAGAACAAAGCCAGAAACGAACACACGAAUACUGGCAGUUGCUUCCGGGUCACAGUGCCUUAGGGCUUGAAACAUCGCCAGCACUAACUCUAGCGUGAGGGGCACGGAGUUACUUAGCACUCUAGCUUGGCUAAGUUGGACCUCUCUUGAAGCCCCAUUGCCUUAGCUCCUGUUGCUCUGACCUUUGCUUAGUGAGUGCCAACCUGUGCCCUGAAACACUCUUGGGAGUUUUGUCUUGGGUUCCUUUCCAUUGUGCCUGACUUUAGAUCUUGACAACGAAAAACAAAGGUACAACUUGGUUUGGGUUCUUGUACACAUCUAUAUCCUGGUGAUGAUUACUCUUAAAGACAGAUUGGGUUGUGCUCUGUAGGAGGACCAGAAGGCUACAGGUUGCUGUUUCAUGGUCUUUGGUGAAAUCUUGGAGGAGCAGUAGCCGUAGAGUAGCUGUACAGGUCAAGGAGGCAGCCUGCUGAUGAUCUAGCUGUUAAGCGCAUCCAUGGCAACACCACAACAGAUUGCUCUUCAGAGGGCAGGAAAUCACAGACCAGACCUGUGAAAUAGUGGUAUGUAUCCUGAGAGAUAUAUCCCAAGAUGACAAAAUCCCCUAAGUUUAUAUAUUUCACAUAAAAUGCUUUUUUUAAAAAAAAUGUCUGCAGUACUUAAUGCUAAUAUAAAACUUAAAUUUUUGUCAAAUAGUGCUUUACUCCUAAUAAUAUUUUGUGAGCUCUUGAACUAACUAUGUUACGGGAGUCAGAUAGACUAUAACCAAAAAAUACCUUCCCAAUAAAAUAAAUUUGACUUUUUACAAUUCCUGAUUUACUUGGUCCUUUGGGAGCUGAGUGACUGGAACAUAGUGUUGGCCAUAGUGUAAAACAACUUUAGGAAAAUAAACAGUUGCAUAUCAUGAGUCCUUGGUAGCUCGUUAAUGCCCGAGAUGUUUAGUUUUCGGUCAGGUGUGGUCACACACACCUUCAGUCUAGGCACUCAGGAGGCAGAGGCGAAAAGAUCUUUGAGUUUGAGACCAGCCUGGUCUACAACAGGCCGGCCAGGGAUAGGUACUGAAACUCACCAAAGAACUGUAAGUCUAAUCACCACCCAGAUAUCCAGGUUCUGUACACCAAGGAUGGCGUAUAGUUCAUCUGUUGUUAGAACACAACCAUAGACUGCCCUAGAGUAUUCAGACAUACAGAUCCAUCUUGCCAUGUAAUCAAUUUGACAAAAAGUCCCCAACUGAUACAUAACUAGGUCUUUGGUUUUCUAUUUUGUUUUCCAUCUCUGAGAUCUCUUUGGAACCAGCCCUGUUUUCAGUGCCCAGCAGUUAAGUGACCAGUGGUUGUUGUCCUGGAAAGUCCAGGUUCAGACAACUCUUCCUCAGGAAUGUUGUCUGACUUUUUGUGCCUGGAUAGUUCUGAAGGCUUGAUAAGACCUUGACCUUAUUUGUUUAGCAGCUGCCCGUGAGCAGCUCUUGCUCUGUAUUGGGACUCAAUGGAAAUAGUGUCAACUUCAGCAAAAAGAGCUUGAAAACCCUUUUCAAAAUUAGGGGUUUUGUGUAUAUUCACAGACAACUCUGGCCUUCAAUGUGGCUGCAGCUUUUGAUGAUUCUAUUCAGGCUUGAUUAGCUUGUUCUCCUGCACAGGAGCUGAAGGGUUUGUGAGGUCUGAUGAACCAGAGUUGUUCAUGAGCUCCUUUUAGAUGUAUCACCUCUCAAGUUCUACUUUGCCAUAUUCCUGACCAUCUAAUUGUAGUUGACUUUACCAUGUUCAUGCUUGAUGCUGUUAAGCUCAUCCACAAAAUACUCAUUUGCAAAACAGACUUCACGACCUAGUGUGGGGAGCAGUCUAGAAGUAGUGAAGUCUAAAUAUUAUUGAGGCCACUGCCCAGGUUGCCAAGGGGUCUUGUGCUCCAGUUUCCAGCUGAAGGGAGUUCCUUCAGAUUGAAUUGUGCCCUGGGAGAGGCAUGUUAAAUGUUUGUGCCUUUUGAUGCCUGUGAGUCAGUAAUUUCUCAGAAUGUGGCCGAGCAUUAAGAUUUACUUGAGAGGCAACAGGGAAUGCGGGAGCAGCUCUUUAAAUCUGUUAAGGCCUCAGCCUCACCACAUGGGCUUUAGGCUAAUCUUUGCAGUGUGGUUCUGUUGGGUAUCCAUACUCUGGAAUGGGUUCAAGAGACCUCAGACCUGUGCAGCCAGGCUCUUGACAUCUCUUCUUCUGCUCUUCCUAUUAAGUCAGCAUCUCUUGAUGAAUGUUGAGAAGCUGCUCUUGGUAAUGUUAUUAAUCUUCCCCCUGUGGUAAGGAAUAAGUGACUCGCCAGGGCUCCGACAUUGACUUUGCACAGCCAAGUUUAGUAGGUUCCUCAAAACCUUUUUUACCUCCAGAGCAAAAGUCCUCUGACUUGCAGGCUUUUAUCUUCUUUACGUUUAAUAAACUCAGCUUUGACCCUCAAGACUGAGCACUGACAUCUCUCUCUUGGCCCUGAAUCGGUGACCCUCGUGAGUCAGAGUUCCCAGAAGCACCCAGAACACAAGAAGUUACCGGGAACAAGGACCAUAGCAGUUAAAAAUAGUAUCGCUAGCUGGUCUAGUAGCACACACCUAAUCCCAGCACUUAGGAGUGGAGGCAGGAGGAUCAGUAGUUUAAGGUCACCCUUUUUACAUAGCCAGAGACCAGCAUGGGCUACACAAGACCCUGUUCCCUAAAACAAAUGUUGCGUUCCAACGAGACAGAAAAAGCUGCCCCAGCCUGUGUUAGUCACGGAAUAAGCCUUCAGCUCAUCCUACAGAGGAGCGUGUGAAGCUGUGCUUAUAGGGGACAGACAGGGAGUGAUAUUUGCUCUUUAUAACAAAAAGAUUGGGAAUAAAAUAGAUCAGCCAUAAGAAUAAACUGGACAUAUAUAAUUCCAACACUCAAGAGUUGAAGACAGAAGGCUUGCUGUGACUUUGAGGCUAAUGUGGGCUUCAUGGUAAAUACCAGAGUAGCUAAAGCUACCUAACUAGACCAUCUCAGAAAGAUACAGGUUUGAAACACUGUUCUUGAGUAGGCAUGUGUCCUCAGGUCUUGGAAGGAGUAAGGGAGGGCUGUUGCCCAGGACAGUGGUCUCACGUACCAAACUGUUGUGCUACUGAGAGCCAGUGUGUGCACUGCGGAUGCCAGGCAGACGUGGUGGCUCCGUUUCCUCAGCAAGAACAAUGGUGUCCUGGUCAGACUCGUUCUUUUUCAGAGCAGCUUUAGUCACUUAAAAUUUUACAUAUAGCAGAAACACCCGUGGGGAAUAGCACCUAAGGAAUUGGACAGAAAUGCACCUCCAUGGCUUUUUCUGCAACCAAAAUAGAGACCACUCAUUCAUCCUCAGUGUGGCCUGCCUCAUGUCCCUUGAGUAACGUCCCACCCAUCCACUCAGCCCAAGCCGCCGCUGUCUGCUCUGUGCUGCUGUGUACUCGGUGAAAUCAGUAUUUUAUUUAUGUGUGGUUUCACUCAGCGUGGCUCUGUGAAAAGCAUCCAUCUUGUUACUUGAGUCCGUUUUCUUCAGAGAGUUGUGUUCUGUUACAUGAAGAUGCUGUUAUCCUAUUGGUGUGGACCUCAGCUGUUUUUAGUUUGGGUUAUUAUGAAUAAAUGAUUAUGAACAUUUAUAUACAAUGUGUGUGAACAUAUAGCUUCAUUUUUCUUCAAUAAAUAUUGGUGGUAAAAUUGC